CAUCAGAGAGGAGGAGUCAGCCUCGUGAUUGGCCGAGGGGGAACAGAUCCCAACUCUGGGGACUGACACCACACCCGUGUGUGUGUGUGUGUGUGUGUGUGUGUGUGUGUGUGUGUGUGUGUGUGUGUGUGUGUGUGUGUGUGUCUGUGUGUGCAUGUUGUUCAGCAUUCACUCUGUUGUGUUUCUUCUUCUUCUUCUCAGAACGGGUUGACAACAUCAUGGCUACUUCAUUCACGAUUCAUUACCCUGAAAACCCGACGAUGGCGGCGCCCAUGGCGGCGCCCAUGGCGGCGCCCAUGGCGGCGCCCAUGGCUGCGCCGACGGCAGCGCCGACGGCGGCGCUCGAGGCGAUGACCAUGGCGAUGACCCCUAUCGUGCUGACCGAUGCGGUGACCGAUGCGGUGACCGAUGCGGUGACCGAGGUGAUGACCCGUUUCGUUCCGAUCCAUGCGGUGACCGAGGCGAUGACCCCUUUCAUGCUGACCGAUGCGGUGAACCGUUUCGUUCCGACCCAUGCGGUGACCGAGGCGAUGACCCAUUUCGUUCCGACCCAUGCGGUGACCGAGGCGAUGACCCGUUUCGUUCCGACCCAUGCGGUGACCGAUGCGGUGAACCGUUUCGUUCCGACCCAUGCGGUGACCGAGGCGAUGAACCGUUUCGUUCCGACCCAUGCGGUGACCAAGGCGAUGGUGAGCGAUGACGUGGUGACCAAGGUGAUGACCGAGGUGGUGAAUGAGGUGGUGACGAAGGCCAUCGACACGGACAAUGGAGCUUCUACAGCCUUAAUUGGAGAAAACGGAGAACCUGUCUGCACAUUUAUACUUUUAGGGAUCACCUCGCUGCUGCUCCUGAUCUGCAUCAUCGCGGUGCUGCUGUGGUGUCUGUCCAGACAUAAAGGCUCGUACGUCACCAACGAGGUGGACGAAGAAGACAUGCACGACAUGUCUGCCGGUUCUGACGCGGCGCUCCGGAGCUGGGAACCUCUGAAGAGCGAAGACGACGAAUAAAAAGAAACUUUUUAAAUGCAGACUUGAGUUGUCGGGGACUAAAGAGCUUGGAGACGCGUGAAGGAAGUCAUGUUUCGUGAGUAGCUCAUCUCGUAAAGCUGCAAGACGCAACAUUUUGCACUUUGCUGCCACCUAAUGGCUGCAAGACGAAACUGUGACGUGACGUGACGCUUCACUUCCCGCUCAUUUAGUUCAGUGACAUUAUCGGACGAUCGUGAUCCUCAUGCGAUGGAUUUCUUUCUAAACCAAUUUCAUAAUGUUGGCAUUUCAAUUUUUUGAGUAAAUUUGUGACUUUAAUCUGCUGUGACACAAACUGAGUGAUUUAAAUAACUUCAAACACUUUUAUGGAAUAAAAAACAUAAAUUGAAGUUACAUUAGAAGCCAGAUUUAAAUCCUUUAAAUCCUCUCACAAUAUUCUGCAGGUUUAAAAACAAAGACAAAUCAUUUUACAGCCGAACAAACUGUCAGACGCUGGUAAACAUCUACUGGCUGCUGGUGAUUCUCCCACCCUGGUUGUUAGAAUACGUUAAGCGACUCUGACUAACACACACGGUUAUGAAUCAGCUGUGAGGAAUAAUCUGUGUGUAAAGAUUUGGUCAUUUUCUAACCUGAAUUCAACCCAAGCUGAUGCUUCUUUUGCUUUUGUUAAUAAAUAAACAGAAAUGAUGAACAAAUAGAAAGUGAAAAAGCUUUUUAGAGGUCCAAAACACCAAAGAGCAAGAAAGAAAGAUCCUAAAGAAGAAGUGUGUUUUUACUUGUAUACAAUGUUAUAUUCAUAUGAAUAAAGUUUACACUUUUUGACACAA